AUGCAGACCGAGUUCAACGAUGGCGAUGUGCUGUUCAGGUACGAUGAGCUGCAGGGGACCGCCAUUCAACAACAGAAACCUUGGGGCAGAAACCCACAUUUCUUCAAGCACGUCCGUAUUACUGGUAAUGCUCUCAUCAAAAUGGCAAAGCACUGUCGUUCUGGUGGGAACCUUGAGGUAAUGGGCAUGUUAUGUGGUAAGACAGCAGGUGAUACGUUUCUUGUUCUCGAUUGCUUUGCACUCCCUGUUGUUGGGACCGAAACCCGGGUGAACGCCCAAGCCGAAGCAUACGAGUACAUGGUUAGUUUUGUGCAGGCUCGUCAGCAGGUGGGUAGACGAGAGCACGUGAUUGGCUGGUAUCAUAGCCACCCUGGCUAUGGGUGUUGGAUGUCUGGUAUUGACUGCUCAACUCAACUUUUAAACCAGCAAUAUACAGAACCAUUCGUCGCACUUGUGAUCGAUCCAGUUCGAACUUGUGCUUCCGGUCGAGUAAAUGUCGGAGCUUUCAGGACAUUUCCCCUUGGUUAUAGUCCACCUGAUGAUACCAGGUUAAAGUAUCAGACUGUUCCCACAAACAAGAUAAAGGAUUUUGGUGUCCAUGCGAACCAGUAUUACUGUCUCAACACUUCCUUCUUCAAAUCUAGUCGUGUUUCCGCAGUGCUCGCGGCAGCAUGGAACAAUUAUUGGGUAAACACGCUUUCAUCAUCACCCUUGCAUACUAACCAAACUUUCGUAGCUGGGCAAAUUACAGAUAUCGCUGAAAAAGUCAUGCUCAGUGACUGCCUCGAAUCUCCUCAUCAAAAGAAAAACAGUGUCUGUACCAGUAAAGUUGCAGCUGCACAACAUUGUAAACUGCUGCUUUCUGCGUAUGAUGGAAGCAUUAUUUCUAUGGAACAAACAAAAGGAUCUGCUAGCCGUGCGUUGAAGGAAUCUAUUUUUAAUUUUGCUGUGAAACCAGGAAAGGUCCUCAGCAACCAAGGAACUUUGGUUAGGGAACGCUGACGCGUUUUUCUCAUCAUGGCAUCGAGCUUUCUUAGAUACUGGGGGCGCGAUCUAAAUGUGCACGUUAUUCGUAUUUAGGGGGUGAGCUUAUGUAUCUGCAACAGUUUUCUGCACCAACAGGGCAGGCACUUAUAUGCACAAUAGCUAUUCCUAGAGCUUCACCAAAUCAUGCUGACGAGAAGACAGUUAUUUGACUACAUCACACUACAGGAGGCGGCGGGACUGCCGCGUCGGGCUCCAGGUGUGCAAUGCGUGACGUUCCUAUAAGCCGCUCCUAAUACACCACCGCAUGUCAAGACCAGAUAUGCAUCAGAGUCGAAGCAAAACAACAUACCGGCAGUUCUCCAUCAGAUUUACCUUCUAUUAGAAAACACAUGUCGACAACAAGGGUACGCACGUAUCUAUUUAAAAAAGCACAAAUUAAAAUGUACGAGAGAUUGGACGUAGUUUUCUUUUGCGAAAUGAAGAUAGUUGGAAAACAAUACCCGAGAACAAAGCGAACGACAUUGUUUGCGACUGUGCUACUCC